GCCGGCAUGGCGGCGCCGGCGGUGGUGUGCGCGGCCGGCGGCGAGGCGGAGGAGGAGGCGGAGGAGGCGGCGGCGCCGCGGCUGCGGGACGCCCCUGAGGACAUCCUCCUGGAGGCGGCGGCUAACGCCAUCGCCCUGCACCCGGCCCGGGCUGUGCUGGCGGCGGGGGACGUGGACGGCGACGUGUACCUGUACUCGUUCUCCUGCGUGGAGGGGGACAACCGGGAGCUCUGGUCGUCGGGGCACCACCUGAAGUCGUGCCGGGACGUGGCCUUUUCUCCUGACGGGCAGAAGCUCUUCACCGUGUCCAAAGAUAAGUCUAUCCACAUCCUGACGGUGGAGGAGGGCCGGCUGGAGACGCGCUUCUCGAAGGCUCACAGCUCGGCCCUCAACUGUGUGCUGCCUAUCAAUGAUCACGUCUUUGCCACGGGGGAUGACGGUGGCGCACUGAAGGUGUGGGACCUGCGUAAGGGAGCCACCAUCCUGGAGGCCCAGCAGCACGAGGAAUACAUCAGCGCUAUGGUUGUGGACAGUAAUGGGAAGCUGCUGCUGACUGCCAGUGGUGAUGGCACCCUGGGUGUCUUCAACAUCAAGAGGCGUCGCUUUGAGCUGCUCUCAGAGCCGCAGAAUGGGGACCUGACAUCUGUUGUGCUUCUGAAGAGAGGGAAGAAAGUGGCUUGUGGCUCCAGCGAGGGGACAAUCUACCUCUUCAACUGGGAUGGUUUUGGGGCCACUAGUGACCGCUUCGCUCUGAGGGCAGAGUCCAUCGAUUGCAUGGUCCCCAUCACGGAGAACAUCGUGUGCACGGGGUCCCUUGAUGGAGUCAUCAGGGCAGUGAACGUCUUGCCGAACCGAGUGCUGGGCUGCGUCGGGCAGCACGCGGGGGAGCCCAUCGAGCAGCUGGCCGUGGCCCCGGGGGGGCAGCUCCUGGCCAGCUGCGCCCACGACCAGAAGGUGAAGUUCUGGGACAUCUCCUCGCUGGCCUCCAUUGUGGUGGACGACUACCGGAAGAAGAAGAAGAAGGGGGGGCCGCUGAAGGCCCUGAGCAGCAAGGCCGCGGGCAGCGGCGAGGACUUCUUUGCGGACCUGCGCGAGGAGCCGGAGGCGGCGACGGGGAGCGACAGCGAAGACAGUGACUGAGGGGGCG